GGGAGCAGGUUAGCUACAGAGAACUUGUGAAAGUGCUCCAUUUGGCUGUAUCUGUUCAUUCACACUGCAAGGCCUCCCUACCAUAACUGGAGAUUACGUUAUAUAGUUUUUCUAACUGAUUUUCUCUCCCUGAGGGCUUGUGAUUGCUUUCUGACCUGUUAUACGUGAGCAUCUCCUCCCCCUUCUGAAUCAUUCAAUUCCUGCCAAGUUCUCCACCCCAGCUGUGGCCAGGAACCAGGUUCUGUUGUGUGCACAGAGAGAACUGAACUUCUGAUCAGAGAGAACUGAACCCGCAAAGUCCCCAUCCAAGACCUAACCCCAGUGUUUCCUAGACAGUACCAGGCAGGUGGUGGCCUGAGAAUUCUGUGCCUGCUUCCUGAGGACUGCUCCACCAUGCGAUGGCUGAUGAAGUUCCGGGUCCUCUGGGACAUCCACAGAUCCCGCUGUGGCUUCUACCCUGCCCCUCAGUACCUGCGCUGCCAGUCUUUGUCGGGAGCUGGAGCCCCAAGAUGGAAUGACUAUGAUACACCUGAGGAAUUUAACUUUGCAAGUGAUGUACUGGACUACUGGACUCAAAUGGAGAAGGAAGGCAAGAGAGGUCCAAACCCAGCCCUGUGGUGGGUGAAUAAUCAAGGGGAUGAAGUGAAGUGGAGUUUCAGAGAGAUGACAGACUUAACCCGUCGUGCAGCCAACGUCUUCACACAGACCUGUGGCCUCCAGGAGGGAGACCAUCUAGCCUUGAUUCUGCCUCGAGUGCCUGAGUGGUGGCUGGUGAUCGUGGCCUGCAUCCGAACAGGGAUCGUCUUCAUGCCAGGGACCACCCAGAUGAAGGCCAAGGACAUUCUCUACCGACUACAAGUGUCUAAAGCCAAGGGCAUCGUGACCACAGAUACCCUUGCCCCAGAGGUGGAUUCUGUCGCUUCUGAGUGUCCUGCUCUGAAAACCAAGCUCCUGGUGUCUGACCACAGCCGUAAAGGGUGGCUGGACUUCCGAUCACUGAUGAAAUCAGAAUCCCCAGUUCACACCUGUAUUAAGUCAAAGACCCUGGACCCAAUGGCCAUCUUCUUCACCAGUGGGACCACAGGCUUCCCCAAGAUGGCAAAGCACAGCCAUGGACUUGCUUUGCGAUCCUUCUUCCCUUCAUGCAGGAAAUUACUGCAGCUGAAGACGUCUGAUGUCCUCUGGUGCCUGUCAGACACAGGCUGGGUUCUGGCUUUCCUGGGGUCCCUGCUUGAACCAUGGACAGCGGGGUCUACAGUCUUUGUCCAUCAUCUGCCCCAGUUUGACCCCAAGGUCAUUGUACAGACUUUAUUCAAAUACCCUAUUACCCAAUGCUUUGCUGCGCCCUCUGUAUUUCGAAUGAUUCUGCAGCAGAAUUCCGCCAGUCUCAGGCUCCCCACCCUGGAGCACUGCUGUACCGGUGGGGAGGCCCUGCUGCCCGAGGAGCAAGAACUGUGGAGAAGACAGACAGGCGUUCUGCUCUACCAGGCCUACGGACAGUCAGAAACGGUAGGUGAAGGGUCCCUCUGGGCCAGUCAGGAUGUGCUCGUCCACUGAGCCCAGCAGAAGAGCUGAAUCCUGCUAUG